AUGGCUUUGGUGACUGGUAUCCCCAAGGUGAUGAAUGAAACCAACACUUUCUUGCGCUGCCCCCCCAUCCAAGGUGGAGACAUGGCCCUGAUGUUCGUCAUGAUCAUUGAAUUGAUAGUGGGCUUGCCAGGCAACAUUGCGGCCAUUUGGAUUUUUUGCUGCCGUAUGAAGUUCUGGAAACCCCACACUCUUUAUCUCUUUAAUCUGGCUCUAGCUGACUUGCUGCUCCUCAUCAGCGUGCCCUUCCGUAUCCACACCCACCUGCGCUAUGAUGAUUGGGUGUUUGGACAGGUCUGGUGCCGCAUCAACCUCUUCAUGCUGGCUGUCAAUCGCUCUGCCAGUAUUGCAUUCAUGACAACGGUGGCACUGGAUCGAUACUUUAAGGUGAUUCAUCCACAUCACAGAAUCAGUCAUAUGACCUCAACUCAGGCGGGGAAGAUGGCAGGCCUGAUCUGGACUAUUGUGAUUGCCUUUCGGGUUCCGCUGUUGUCCGUCAACCUCUUGCAACAGCACGGUAACCUCACCCUGUGUCGCAGCUUCAGUUCUUAUACGGUAACUCCUGUGGUGAUAAAGGUGCACUAUGUGGCUUACACUGCAGAGUUCUUCUUGCCCUGGUUCUUGUUGCUGUUCUGCUCAGCCAAAAUUACCUACUACCUGCGUCGACGGAAGAUGAACCAGCAAAAGAAAGUUCGGAGAGCCAUCAUAGCUGUAGGGGUGAUCAGUUUGGUGUUCACCAUCUGCUUCCUGCCAAGUAUAGCCACAGGCCUCAGUUUUUUAUACAUCAAGAGGUUCUACCCCAAGGACUGCAAGUCCUACAAACCAUUGAUCCAGCUCUUUAUGAUUUCGAUCAGCUUCACCUACCUGAACAGCUGUUUGGACCCCAUCAUUUAUUCUUUCUCCAGCUCCAUGUUUUGCAACACCUUCAGGAGAUCCAUGAGACACCUGGGCAUUGUGAAGAAGAAUGUCAAAACAACAAGCAGGGAAACCAAUGACUGCUAG